AUUUCAGAUUCGACAAGCAGACAGUUUUUUGCAAUCCAAUGUGUCCAAGGUAGUCCCUGUUGUAUCGUAAAUGAAGAAGAUGUACAGUACGAAUAUGAAGGUCGAGAUCGCCAUGAGAGUUUUUCUCAUUGGCUUCUUUUUCUAUACAGAUAAAGCUCCUGGGUUCAGAAGAAAAAUACAGCCAGAGGAGUUUUGGUUGUACAACUUCCCCAGAUCUGAAAGCUACUAUCCCAGCAGCUAUUUAUGGCUAACAGUGUUUUGUGUGCCUUCCCUCACGGCCUGGUGUGUGUACCAGUUCACCAAGGAUCUUGUCGAUACGGUCCAAUUUCUACUAGGUGUGUAUAUGUCUGUGUUUCUCACGGCGGACAUAACCAACUGUCUGAAACUUACUGUUGGAAGGCCCCGUCCAGACUUUCUAGCACGCUGUUUCCCUGACGGUAACGUCGAGGACCCUGAGAAGUGCAAGGGCAGUCUGAAGGACGUCAUAGACGGGUACAAGAGCUUCCCCAGCGGACACAGUGCAUUGAUCUUUGGCUGCCUUGCAUACAUUGCCUUGUAUCUAGCCGGGAAACUACACGUGUGUAAUGCUCGCGGCAGAGGCAGUGCUUGGCGGAUAGUGUGUGUUAUACUGCCGUUGUUAUGGGCCACCCUGGUCGCGGUCUCACGAACUGCGGACUACCACCACCAUUGGCAAGAUGUUACAGUGGGCAGUAUACUAGGGCUGGUGAUAUCUUUCGUGACGUAUCGCUCCUAUUACCCGUCCCUGAUGCGUUUGAAUUCCGAUGUUCCAUAUGUGUCAAUAAGCAACACUGUAACCAUACCAUACACUGACAGACUGACAAUGCCAGAGGUGGCGAUAUCCAUGAGUGGACCAUUAGACACGUUGAAAACCACAUGACCACUGCAAUGAUGGGUAUAUGACCGUAAAACUCAGUCUAUCGCUACCAGCGGACAACAACAUGAGGACUAUUCUAUCAGAAGUGUUCUGGCCAUUAAAGUAAUUGUCGUGGUUGAUUUGAUUGACUUUCAUGAGGGUU